UUAAAUUCGGCUUCAGAAUUUAAGUCAACAUGUAUGAAUACCGAUAAAACAAUUAUUCCUUAUGUGGAUAGCGAGAAAAUGUUACAGCUCGACCUAAGAGAAGUGUACAUGCAGGAAAAGAAAAGCGAGUUAGUUGAUAUUUCAGAUAGUCAGAAAAUAUGUCGAUUGUGUAUGCAGCCAGUAGUAAGUGAGUCUAAGUGCAUAGGUGAAGCGGAACUUGAUGCUAUUCAGAAAUUGACUCCUGAAAUGAAUAUAAAUAUCAUCAAAGAUCCCGUUGUUUGUAAGCCGUGUUUCGAUUCCCUGUGUACUCACAACAGUUUCCUAAAAGAUUGCUUAGAGGUAGAGGAAAAAACUAAAAGUACUUUUGAUUCUUCAGUCACAGAAAGUCAAAUAGAUACGUCGUCACUUAAUUUAUUCGUUAAGACUGAAAAUCUGGACAAGAAAUUCGAUAUUAACGGGAUGGAAAUGUCGAUCAAAGCUGAAAGUAUCGACAUAAAAUCGGAAGAUGAGGAAAUGAGCGACACGCCACUGCAGAGCUCGGAUAUCGUACCAUUCGAGCAGAGUAUCUAUAAAGGUGAAGAAGAGGAGGGAUGUAAACAUGACAAUGGAUCAGAAAUGAAAACCAAGCAGGAGCACAAAGUAUUGUACAAAGAUAAUAAAUGCAUUUACAAAAGUGGAAGUGAGACCCAUUUUACAACGAACGAUUCGGAAGUGUAUAAAUGUGAAUCGUGUGAGUAUAAAACUGAAAAUAAGAAAUCACUUCAGAGGCACCUGUCGAGGCAUAAAGACACUUUGAAGGUUCAAAUGUUUAACGACUGCAAUUACGAAACCAUAUACAAGAGGAAUAUGGAAAUGCACCAGCUGAAACAUAAACGGCUCUCGCAGGUCCAAAUAUGCAAGUAUGACAACUGCAGUUUCGAAACUAAAUACAGGUUUCAUAUGAAACGGCACCAACUGAAACAUAAAGAUCCUUUGCAGGUUCAAAUAUAA